AAAAAUUCUUGUGGACUUUACUUUCUGGUUAUUUCCAAGAAAUUCUGAGAUUCUCCGUUUGAGCCAUUCUAAUUUACGUGAACAGAUAGCCAGGAAAACUUUCAGAGCAGUGAAGAUGAAAGUUUGCCAAUACUUUACCAGAUUGAAAGGACGAAAACCUUUGUUGGUAGUUUGUGUGUUUAUCUGUGUGGUCCUUAUCAACAAAAUAUUGAAUAGGUUUGUCUACUGCAAUGAGGGAAAGAAAGUGAAGUCAUACCGUUUGGUUCAGGCAUACGUGGACAAUGGGUUAUUUCAAUUCAAAUCAACACAACCCUUAUGCCAAGACCCACAGAAAACACCACUAAAUUUACUUGUUAUGAUUUCUAGCAGACCUACACAUUUUGAUAGAAGAACAGCUUUAAGAGAGUCCUGGAUUUCCCUGUUGAGUUCUGAUAAAAGAAUACGCCAUUUUUUUAUUAUAGGGCGAAGUAAAACAGCGUUUUAUAAUGAGAUUGCAAAUACAGAAGGGAACAUAUUUAAUGAUAUAAUUCAAAUGGAUAUGGAAGACACAGAUGAAAAUGAAACCAACAAAUCUAUAGCAAUGUUGGGUUGGGUACAUAAGAAUUGUGCAAAGGUUCAAUACGUAUUGAAAAUCAAUGAUGAUGUCUUCCUCAAUAUCCAUCUCUUAAUUAAAGACCUUCAGCAUACGCAUAAAAAAAAUGCAGUUAUUGGUUGCAGAGUGGAUGAUUCAAAAACUAUUCUGAACUCUGUAUUUAGACUUGUAUCUUUUGCACAAUUUGAUCGCAGCAAACAGCCUGUCUAUGUCAAGAGUUCAGCUUAUCUUAUCACUGGGGACAUAAUCUCAAAAAUGUACAUGGCAACACAUCAUGUUUCAAAUAUUACUACCGAGGAUAAAUAUAUAACGGGGUUGUGUAGGGAAUAUAUAAAGGCUGAGGCUGUCGGACAUCCGGGUUUUAGCUGCGGGUACCGUGAUAAAGGACCGUGUGGUUCAAAUUUCCGGUACGCUAUAACCGGAAAUCAUUAUUACCCGGAUGAACUUGUCCGGAUGUGGAAAGAACUAAACAACAGAUGGUCAGACUGUCGCUUGAUUGAUAACUACUGGGUUUCAUAUGCUUUUGAUGUAGUGAAUUAAUACUUAUUUAACCUAUUCAACUCAUAUUUUUAAAAUGACAAAGAUGAUUCGUACCAAGUGACCAACUUUGCCAAACACUAAAAAUGCUAGGGACACCAACAAAUGGAGAAACCCCAAAGAAUUUUACUAUCAAAGCAAUAUUUGUAACAUUCCUGUUUGUCGUAUGACAUAAAAAAUAUAUCGUUUAUAUCCUGUAUUCUAAUAAAAUAAGUAACCAAUGAAAAACCUGUUGAAUUUAUUGCAUUGUGGGGAAAUAUAAUUCUCAGUAAAGUUUCCAUUUAGUGUUUU